AUGAUGGGAUUUGGAGCUCAACAAGUUGUUCCAGUCUACUAUGUCACAUUUACGCUUUCAACAAUAUCUGCUGGUAUGGUGCUGUACCUUGAAGUUGAUUUUGGAGAAUGGUGGAAAAGCUUUCUUUUUGGUUGUGGAAUCAUCAUAACUUUCAUGGGGGUUUGGUUGAUUAAUCAAAAGUUCGAGGAAGAAGGAUUUGGGCUUCCAGAAGCUGUGGAAGGUUUAGAAAGAUUCGAAAGCAGCAGUUUGAAGCCCAAUGAAAACGAGAUGAGAAAAUUUUCGGGAAAGCCUCACGACGCUCAAGAUGUUACUUUGUCAGAAGGGGACUGGUCAGCUACUGAACCCAAGAACGCUAUGUGUGUCCUCCUGGAGAAGGAAGUGGCGUCAUGUUCAGAUUUUGAAUCCAAUCGUGAUGAUGGAACUCAAUCAGACCCUCUGGGUCCAGACUUUGCUCCCAGCAAGGCAGAAGUACAGAUAGACGACCCUGUUUGUCAUGUGCUCAAGGAGAGUCCCUUGCGAAACUCGCAUAUGAACCCGAAGAUGCUGGAGGACUACAAGUGUGUCGACCAUGAUCAGCACCAGAAUGUUUCUAAUGAUUACUUGUUUCAGCACACGGCCAUGUCGACGAAGAAUGUAAUUUUCCAGUGCGAUACUCAGAAGCGCGACUUUUGCGGGGAGAACAGAGAGACGUCGAGGCCGAUUCAUUUCAGCUCACAAUAG